UGAAAUCCUGCCUCAUAGUGACUACCAUUCUAGCAAUUUUAUUUCUAUAGGCACCGAUUCGCAUCUGCAUCCCAUCGCUCGAGCGCACGGAGAACAGAAGAUACAGGGAUGAUGAUAAAUAUACCGAGAAACUGUGUUACUAUAGAGAGCAUCUCACCCAGUUUUAAAGGCGAUAUUAACGCCUCAACUUCUCAAAAGAUGCCGACAAUGGAAGCAGAGGCAACCUUGUAAAAGAGACGUGAUAAAGCAGCCUAUGGCUGCAGACAAAACAGCGACUGUGGGACUCGGUGCUGAGCUUAUAGGGCAUUAAGAGCACAAACUAAUCCUGUGCCUGACAAAAAACAUAAAAACUAAAAUCGCAUUUUGGUUUUAUGAAAAUAAGAUGUUUUUAAAGUAGACGGAGCAGCAGUAGGAUCGCAAUCAUUUAGUGUUAUUUUAAUUGUAUGUUGUGUGAAAUGGGAGCUUUGACAAGCCGUCAGAAUGCCGGAGUCGAGGAGGUCGAUAUACCGUCAAAUUCUGUUUACAGAUAUCCACCCAAAACAGGGAGUUAUUUUGCUAGCCAUUUUAUUAUGGGCGGUGAGAAGUUUGAUUCAACUCAUCCUGAAGGAUACCUCUUUGGUGAAAACACUGACCUUAACUUCCUGGGCAACAGACCAGUAGUGUUUCCAUACAAUGCCCCUCCUCCUCAUGAGCCGGUCAAGACCCUCCGCAGUCUCAUCAACAUCCGCAAAGACACGCUGCGACUUGUACGAUGUACUGAUGACAUGAAGCUGCCUGGACAGGAAGCUGGGAAAAGCCACAGCUGCUACAAUAUUGAGUUUACCUUUGAUGCCGACACACAAGUCGCCAUCACUAUAUAUUACCAAGCCAUUGAAGAGUUUCAUAAUGGUGUGCCAAUAUACUUGCCACAGGACAGCUCACUGCAGUCAGAGACGGUGCAUUUCAAACGCGGCGUCUGCCAACAGUUUUGUUUGCCUUCUCAUUACGUCAACCUGUCAGAGUGGGCAGAUGAAGAGCUUUUGUUUGACAUGGACAAGGACAUCUACCCAAUGGUUGUACAAGCAGUAGUGGAUGAGGGAGAUGAUCACUUAGGACACUCGCAUGUUCUUCUUGCAACCUUUGAGAAGCACAUGGAUGGAAGUUACUGUGUAAAACCUCUGAAACAGAAACAAGUGGUGGAUGGUGUCAGUUACCUACUGCAAGAGAUCUAUGGAAUAGAGAACAAAUACAACAGUCAAGAAUCGAAGGUUACUGAAGAUGAGAUCAGUGACAACAGCGCCGAAUGUGUGGUGUGUUUGUCGGAUGUGCGGGACACACUUAUCCUACCCUGCAGACACCUGUGCCUGUGCAACGCCUGUGCAGACACACUGCGUUACCAGGCCAACUGUUGCCCCAUCUGUCGACUACCGUUCCGCGCUCUCCUACAGAUCCGAGCGAUGAGGAAAAAAUUGAGUCCGCUUACCCCAACCGGAUUCAAUCCUGUUAUCACUUCCCACACAUCCGACUCAGAGGAGCAUUCGGCAUCAGAGCACAUCCCACCAGGCUAUGAAGCUGUGUCCCUGUUAGAGGCCUUGAAUGGCCCCUUGAAUCCAUCUCCAUCUGCUCCUCCGCUACAGGGCCUCACCAGGGGCCAUGUUACUGGAUCUGUGCCCGCAUAUGGCAGCGAUAGCCACCACACGCCUGCAUGUUCCCUCUCUACUCUAGAACACUCGGUCAACUCCAGCCAGAAUGUAAAACACAAAAAAGGCAGCUCUAAAUCUCUCUCUCAGACGUCUUCAGUGCUGCCUGAGGAAGAAGAUGAGAAGUCAUGCAGUGAAUCUGAAGUACAAACAUGCAGGAGAAAACUGCAUGUAGAGCAGCAAGAGUCUGGAGUGACCCCUGAAAGUGACAACAUUACCCUGUCAUCCUCAGGGGCAAUAGAUCAGUCCUCCUGCAACGGGACCCCUCUGUCCUCCACCAUCACCUCCCCAGAGGAUCCAGUAAGCAGCAGCCUGGCCCAGUCUGUAAUGUCGAUGGCAUCCUCUCAUAGUCAGCAUUCACAAAUCAGCACCGAUACACUUUCUUCCAUGUCUGGAUCAUACAUGGCAGGGGCCGAGGGAGAGGAGGCUGCUGAGACACCUGCAGAGAGCAGGGCUUCCUCCCAGCAUGAAGGGGAGGAAAUCCCUUAUGAGGCAAAAGGGCAUAAAUUUGUGGCUCCCAUUCUAGAAGAACAGGAUUCAGAGGUGAACAUUGGAAAUGAUGUCACAGAGGAAGAUUGUGGAUCUCCCACCAAAGAACAGGGUGGGCGCAGGAGGAGCGAGGUGCCUUGUCCAGAGUUUGACAAUAACAAUCAGGAACAGUCUGACACCCACAUUAUGACAGGCCUGGACAAUGAGCAGCCUCCUGACGGCCGAUUCGCUGGUCUCUUAUACCUUGACGUCUAUCGUCAUGGACGAGAUCCUUUGACACACCACGCAUCCACCAGCAACAUCAACCUGGAGGAGCAGGAGGUCACCAAUGAGGUGUCAAACCCAAAUAACAAAUCUCAUCGUGGACCUUUAGCUGUGUAAAAUCCUGCUUUAGCAAUUGUGCUGUCCUCAGAUCCACUCCUACACCUCAUCUUAGUGGUCUUCAUGCCACAAACUUGUGUCCACAUAGAGUCAGACUUUAGAAAUUCUCACGAUUCACAUCCCACAUGCAACCCAGGGUUUUGGAGGAUGCACUACGGUUUCCCCUCUCAUGUUUCAAGUGUCGUGUUUUUAGCAGUUUUGGUGUUCAUACUGUAAAGCACCACGUUUACACCAACGCCCUGCCCUUCUCCACGUGUACAAGCUGAAGGAUGACUCAAACAGCUCUCCUGAUGAAAUCUUGAAAAACGAGGACAUGGCAACCUAUGAUCCAGGCAGCAAUGCAGUCUACUCCAGUGAGCAAACAAACUUUUGCUGUGUGACUACGCUUUGUGAACUCUCCGAUGAAAUUUCAUCUAUCUUUAUAACUCACACAUGCAUGAAUCCUCAUCAUAUUCAAUUUUCUGAAUUUAAAGGAAAUUUGAAUGGACCGUUUAAUAGCAACAACAUAAACAAACAUAUUUUGUGGCCCAAACUUAACUUCCGGCAGACUUCCUCAUAUAAUCAAUAACAACAGUGUCUUAGUAGAGUAGAUUAUUUCUGAUAACAAGCAAAAUAUAUAACCAAUAAAUGACCUUAGUUCAAAUCAUAGCAAAAGCGUAUCAACUACUACACUGAGCUAACGUUACUGUGUAAAAUUUAUUUAUACAAUCUACAAUAUAUCCUUAAAUUCUUGCCUGGGUCCCAACCCUCUCUUUGCACAGUGGUUGUUAUCCAUGCCUGCUGUCUCUCCGAAUAUUUAGAAAACCAAUGUUUUUUCCCCGACAAGGUAUUUGUUCCAGAGGUCAAUUUAGCAACUAGCCAGACCGAUUAGCACACAUAGACAGGAAGUUAACUUCGGGUCAGGCGCAUAACUGUGGCAACGCCCGUGUGUUGGAUGAAACCGUCUACACUGUAAAAACAUUUUUUGCCCUUACAUUUUAAGUAUAAUCAAUUUGGAUUUAUAAGUCAUUUCAACUUUAAUUCGACCUUAACUGGUGAGUUGCUGUAACUUAUAAAAUAAAGUUGAAUAAGCUUAACUUAUUUCAACUUUUAUUUGAUAAGUUACUCAUCACAAGUCAAGAUAAAAAGUCAAAGUUGAAAUCCAAGUUGAUUAUACUUAAAAAUAUGAGUGCAAUUUAUUUACAGUUUAUAGAUCCUUCAUUAUUUACUCAUUUUGAAUACAUACUUACAAUAACUAAUAUUCCAAAGUUAAAGCAAAAUAUAUUGUCAUAAUUUACUCACACUCAUGUUAUUUCAAACCUGAUGAGCUACCAAAAAGGACAUAAAUUACUUAAAAUGCAGAUUUUUUGUCCACCCUGGAGCUUGUCCAAUUUGUUUUCUUGUCAACUGUGUGAUUCAAAAGCAUACAGCCUUAGUUGGAACUACAUGAGAGGAAGUAAAUGACACUUUUUUAUUUUAUGAAAACUAUUCAUUUUUCUAUUGCAAUAGAGGGGGUCAAAAAUAAUGAGUUGAAAAAUAUAAAUUUUCCAUUUCUCUAAUUUAACAAUCUCAAAAACUCAAUCAUCCCUUCCCAAGAUACCCUUAGAGCAAUAAAACAAAGUUGCUCACAUUUCUGCCCUCGUCAGUUUGCUGCAGCUCACUUUGAGCGAUACAUAAAGCUCUGCAUGCAACAAAGAAGCUACUGAGCUGCCUAACCUGCGUUACACACAGGCUUACAGGCCACGGAGAAGACAUUCAACUGCUUAUUGCUGAGCCUUUUGAAAAAUUUUGUUCAGGAAAACUGUCUGGGAAAACCUGCCCGUGAGGUCCACGUCCGUGGUUAUACCUCACAUUAAUGCUGUUAAAGACACUGUCAAGGCUUUUGUUUGUUUAACAAACAAGUAUUUGUUUCUUGUGUUAGGUAGGCCUAUGUGUUACCCAGCAUAUACCCAUAAGCUACAUUUAUUCAAUUUAUAUCCAAGACUUGUCAUUAGAGGGAUAAUCUUUAGAAAAGCAAAGCUUGUAUCUCUUUAAAACAGUGUUUCUAGACUGACAUGGAUUGCAAUGCCAGUUCAUACAUUUUAAGUCUGUGUAAAGUGUGGUUUGUCUAACCACAGAAAAAUGUCUUAUUAACCACCCAGCCAAAUUUGAAUGAUAACAUAAGACAAGUAAAUAAAAUAAGGAAAAAUUUUGAGAAAAAUAAGCAGCAGUGUCUGCUUUCCUUUUCACAACGCACUUUCUGACGCGUUGGGAAGAAAGAGCACUUCUACAUUUAAAAUAAUGUAUUUGCCUGCAAAAAAGUAACUAAAUGUGAACUGCCCCUUUUGGGCGGGGCCAUGCUCUGUGGCUAGUGCAUUAUCGAGCCACCGCCAAAAAAUACUGAAAAACGGUGUUACUCCAUAAUUCAAUACUACAUAGUUCACAGUCUUUGUAACAUGUUUCAGUAAUAGAUUUUCAGCAUUUAUAAUGUGUCUACAAACAAUUCUCUGACAUGACUUUACACAGACUUUAAAUGUAAUUCUCAUGAAUUUUUCUUAAGUGUUGCACAUUUCUAAAUUAUAUGGGGGCCCCUUAAUGAAAGUGUUACUUAGAUUUGAAAGAUUGUAUGUAGGGAAACUGUAAAUGAAGACAAGAUAUUAAAAAGUGUGCCACAACUAAAAAAAAAAAACAGUUCUGCCAAACUGAAUUAACAGUAUUUAAGCUACUUUAACUGAUGGUCAUUUUAUAAAUAUUACCUGUUUUCCUUUCUGUGAGUUCUUUCAGCUAUUCCCACAAUUCCUUCAGCUUAUACAGUUGUUUGGCACCUGUUUGUAACUGUCUGUACAACAGAGAUGAUAAAUAGUACAAUCAUUUAUUUGAUAUCUUCUCAAAAUGUCUAUCCUACUUUAAAAGGAAGUUUUUUUGUUUGUGUGUAAAAUAAUUUAUUUUCUAUUUGUUUUAUGUUAGAUUAGCUCUUGUUAUUAAUGUUAUGGUCUGGUAAAUGUGUUAUUUACUGUAGUAUAUGGAUGAUGUGAAAUUGAUCAAUUUCUUCUAAUUGGAUUGUGUACGUUACACAUGCACUAGUAGGUUUUUUCACAUUGACCGCAGAUGUGCGGUGCAUGAGGUAAGAGCAUGGUAGUUGCAGUGAAGAUAAUAGAAAUUUUUCAUCUUUACAUUUGCACUAUAUGUCUAACCCUUCCACACUGAGCUUACACACACACACACACAAUCUGGUUUGUCAUGUUUUGACCCCACAAGGUAAAAAUGUACUGGUAUUCCUAUCAAAUGUCCCCACAACGUGAUAAUUUCCAGGCACACACACACAGCGUGUAAGCAAGGUAUUAAGUAUACUGGCAUAACAGCAUGCUGUUUUUGAAGCAAUACAGAUAAACAUAGUCUUGCACUGAAUGUUUUACUCCAGAAUGUCAAAAUUACCUGCAAAGAUGCUUCUGUAAUGGGGCAGAAUCAGCUGCAAACUGUAACAUGCAUUGAGCAUAUUCAAAGGUUUUCUCCAAUUCUGUUGUCUGUAUUGCUUUUGUGAUUGUAUUUUGUCCUCUUUCUGCACCAGGAGGAGUGACAUUGAUCUAAUAUGACAUGAGGAAUGGGUUGUGUCAUCAUCACUUUUUUAGAAUGAAGAUUAAAAAAGUCAAAAAACAAUAAACAUUUUGUUAAAAAUGAA